UUUCUGGAGCCUCUAGGUCAGAGUGUUCCAGGCACCACAGUGGCUGUUGGGGUUGGUGCACAUGAAGGAUGAGGAAAGCCAGAGUCCAGGGGCUGCUGUGGAUGCUCUUCAUCGCAGAACUCCAAGCUGCAAAUAAACAAAAUGAAGUAACAUUUAUAAAAGGAGAAGGGGACACCCUGAAUGUAAUUUGUCCCUCCUCCACCGAGAAGUACGCCUUCACCCAGAAAGCUUGGCAGAGGCUGGUGGAUGGAAGGGGGCCCCAGACGCUGGCUGUAACAGAGAGUACUUCAGGGGAUACUAGUCGAGUCCACACGGACAGGUACUUCCUGGAAGACAUUCCCAGUGAGGGCAUACUGCGUGUCCAAAUGACCAAUCUUCAAGUGAAAGAUUCAGGAAGGUAUCGGUGUGUGAUCUACUACCCUUCCAAAGAGCCAGACGUUCUGUCCCCCCUUGUCCACUUGCAGGUGAUCAAAGACCCUUCAAGCACCGCGGCCUCGGAUGAGACUCAGAGCUGGAAACCGCAGGAUUUCACCCUUUCUCCUCCCACCACGAGGACCCAGAGCAGGCACGUUACCAGACCCAGGACUGUGACCAAACUGUCGCCUAAAUCGACUGCUGACCUCUCCUCUCUUAGCUUUGGAGUCAACACCACAAAUGUGACAGAUGUCACCAGCUAUGGUUUCAGGGUCUCUGUGAUGACCAUCAUCAUUAUUGUGCUGUGUGGAUUCCUGAGCAAAAGCCUGGUCUUCACGGUCCUGAUUGCUGUCACGCAGAAGUCAUUUGGAUCUUAGGCUGGUGAACCCACAAGAGUGACCUCUGACCUCCAUCCACAUCCAGCUGGCAGUUGUUCGGGAGGAGGGGUGUGAGGGGAGAGGGAAGGAGGGGUGAUGGCCGAAGUUGAAUGUGUGACACAGGUUACUUCUAAGGCUCAGGUCUCACCUUUCCAGCCCUGUUAAUUCACUAAUAACCUUGAGGAUGUGAGUUUGCCCCCUCAGAAGAGAAGAUAUGGCUGCAAACAUGCCCAUUCCUACCGGAUUUGCCUUAAAUUGGCUUAAAUUCUACCGGAUUUGCCUUAAAUAAAGACGGAGUCCAAUUUGUU